AUAUAUAUUAGUUAGUAUAAUCGAAUGUCAACCUUUUUAUCACAACAUGCACCUUAUAACCUUUUAAAAUGUAAAUCUUUUACUCGCAAAUUUUAGGCUGUUUCCCUAAAUCGUUGAAGAACUUUGAUAGAAAAUUUGAGAUGACAGCCCAGGGUAACAAAGAUGACAUCAGAAGAUGAUACAUGGGCUCAAACUCUAAUUACGGUAACCCCUGAAGACGAUGCAACGCUAAGAGAAAUUUCGGAUACGGUUACCCUAUCUUCGCCAUCGGACACACCAUUGAUCCUUGAUCCCGAUAAAAUUGUAUACAGGCGCUCGCGUACCGACCGGCAAUUUAUAGAACCUCAAGAAUUCGAAGAAACGACAAAGGAAAUAAAAUUGGAAGAAGUGUUGCAGCAAGAUGAACUUGACCAACCGAAAUAUCAAGAUGCUGAAAAUCAAACGUAUUUACAGGGAAUUUCAAUUGUUGAAAUCCCUGUCGAGUACACAGACAAAUCUUCACAAACGAUGUACAUGGCUGCACCAUGCCCUCCUCUAAAAUAUUUUAAGGAUAUCUUGACCGCGAUGAACGAAGGUCCGCUUCCUGACAUGAAGAAAAGUAACGGAACCUCAACCAUUGUUACUUUUGAUCCCGAAACGUCCCAAGAUUUGGUCACCGAACAAUUGUCUGCGAACGUUCCGGAAGAGAAACUCGAAGAAUUUGCGUCUGAACUCGACACGGAUGACGCAGAAAUGGAAGUGAUCGACGUUUUGGACUUUGUAAUAACGCGCUUAUUUUGGAUAAUCGAUCCGAGUCAAAUACAAGUUGACACGGCUGAUAAAGAAACGCAAACAUCGUUAAGGUUUAAUAAUCAGACGCAAAUUCUUUACACGGAUAAUCAAAUGCAGACAGAUUUAACUUGCGAACCGAAGGAAUCGAACACGAUGCUAUUGUCGGAUUAUUGGCAAACGAAGGAUAUGAUUGUGAAUUUCUUGGAUGAUUGUUUGUCCAAAGGUCUAGAAACGGUUACGAUGACGAACGAAGUAAUUAAUGAAAUUAUCGACAAGUGUGUCGAGAGAAUCAGGUAUCCCAUGAAAGAAGAAAUUAUCCAGACUAUAGCCACGUAUAAAAUAGACGAAGAUAAAGAAAAUGUAUUGAGGAAACUGAAACAUGGUGUAGUCGUGGACCCCCUAGAAGCGUCGAUUAUUGUUCUACCACUUGUGACUGAUUUAUUGGAAGCAGUUUGCGAUACUGUAUCUAGGAAUGCUGCAGUGACUGUUAAAAAUGUUGUAAAACAGCUCCUUCAACGAACAGAUAAUAUAAUCGGGAAACUUAUAAAACUUGAAGCAGAAUUACAACCAAAGCCAAUGGAUGAAAUAUUACAAAAAAGAAAGCAGAAAAUCAUCGAAUCGAUGUUAAAGAAAGAGACCGAAACAAUUUCUACGCAAACAAGCCUAACUGGAGUUUUAGAGGUGAAGAGAAUCGAGGAAUCCAAAGAAAUAUUAUGUUCCGUAUGUAAAAGACAAUCGAAGUGUCGGUGGUGUAUAGCAGGCGACGAAACUGAAGAUAUCCCCCGCGAAGAAGUGAAAAUCCUUCGUACGCAGGAUAUAUUAUUAGCGUAUAAACCUUGUUACGUUAUUACGACAGCUUCUAAGAAAACAUCAGAUCUACAACCCGUUUGUCAUUCAGAACCUAAAGUCAAGUUACUUCCAAAAUCUCCAUGUUAUGUAUCCACAGAAUCAACGGAUGGUUCUCGAGACACGAUUAAUAUAUGUCUUCAGCCUAAAAAGGGGAUUAAACCACAAGAGUCUUUUAACGAAUGGUCAUAUGUUGCUGAUGCAACCUUGAUGAAACCAUGCUCAAUGAAAGAAUCUAUCAGUAGUAUAGGUGAAACAACUAUGUCAUCAAUCUCAAAGUGUUAUGACAAUUCAACCAGUAUACAUAGUACUUUAACCUCGCAAGCGGUUAAUGCUUUACAAAUACUGAAGGAUACGUUUUGUAAUCAAGAAAAUUGUCGCACUCCAUCGUUGCAAACUUUCAAACAAAACUAUCCGUUUAAAGAAGAUGGAAAAGUUUCUAUUAAAUCAGUAUGUACUGUAUGUUCGAGUGGAAAUAAUAUAGAGAAUAAAUUGUCUGAAGAACAAACGUUUUGUAUGCAACAAACGUGUAAAGCUUUAUCAAAAUUGCAUUUACCUAAAAAGAAUACUUAUAACGAAAACACCGUUUCUAACCUUCCUGCAAAAUCGCAUGGUGAUGGUUUUAAAAUUAUUCCCAUAUGUCUUUCUCAACAUUCGAACAGUUAAAAAAGACAUAGGUAAAUGUUUUCUUACAA